AUGGCAGCAACCGCCAUUAUUAACGUCAGAGUCUUUGACGGAGACAAAAUCUGCGACCCCUCCACCGUGAUUAUUGAAGGCGAAGCAAUUGGUAGCUCGGAUGUGAUUCCUACAAAGACUAUCGAUGCCCGCGGAGCUAUUCUGCUCCCGGGGCUGAUUGAUUGUCAUGUCCAUUUGACAGGGCCAGAUGAUCUCACAAGAAUGACUGAGUUUGGCAUUACUACUGCUCUCGACAUGGGGACUUGGCCAAUUCAGCUCCUCGAAUCACUUCGCAACCAAAAAGGCGUGACUGAUAUCCGUGCCUGUGGUAUCCCUGCGACAGCCCCCGGAAGUGUUCAUAGUCACAUUCCCAGUCUACCCCGUGAAGCUUUGGUUGCCAAUGCCAUUGAUGCGGAAAGAUUCGUGGCUGAUCGGAUCGCGGAAGCGGCAGAUUACAUCAAAAUUGUCGCCGAUGUACCAGGGCCAGACCAAGAAACCCUCAACGCUCUCACAAAGGAAGCCCAUCGGAAUGAGAAACUUGUUAUUGCUCAUGCUGUAACUCUAAUUGCUACGCACAUGGCUCAAUUAGCUGGUGCAGAUAUCAUUACGCAUACUGCAGUGGAUGGUACCUUGAGCGACCAAGAUAUCCAAGAUAUGGUUGAGAAUAAGCGCAUUAGUAUCCCGACGUUGACCAUGAUGAAAGGAGUGGCGCGAUCCAAAAACCAGAAAUUUGAAACUGCAUGCAAAAAUGUGGCUGCGCUUCACUUAGCGGGUGUCAGUGUUUUCGCCGGCACUGAUGCUAACAAGGCGGCUGGCGUACCAUCGCAGGUUGAUCAUGGCGUCAGUCUUCACGAAGAGCUGGAGCUUCUCGUCAGCUGCGGGAUGUCAACAACGGAGGUUCUUCGCGCUGCAACGAGUCUACCAGCAAGAUAUUUUGGAUUACACGACCGCGGAGUUAUAAAGCCUGGCUAUCGAGCCGAUUUGGUUUUGGUGAGAGAGAAUCCGAUUGAUGAUAUCAAGGCAACACGUUUAAUUGAAAGGACCUGGGUCGCCGGGCAGGAGUUCGUGCGUUCAGAAGCUUGA